AUGAAGUGGAAUUUGUAUAGGUCUUCAAAUUGCAUCCCAACCAUUGGGAAAGAACCAGCAUUCUACUUUGGAAAUGAUGAAUACUAUGUUGACGAGAGUGCUGGCUAUGUUGAGGUACGUGUCUGGAGGACUGGAACUGAUCUGUCCAAAGCUGCAUCCGUUACAGUGAGGUCUCGCAAAUCUGAGCCAAUGACUGCAGAGGCUGGAGUAGAUUAUGUAGGCAUUAGUCGUAAUUUGGACUUUUCCCCUGGAGUCAAUAUGCAAACCCUUCGUGUGGUAAUUCUGGAUGACCUUGGACAGCCGGUAUUAGAAGGAACUGAGAAGUUUGAGCUUGUGCUAAGGAUGCCCAUGAAUGCUGCCCUUGGAGAACCCAGCAAGGCCACUAUCUUCAUUAAUGACUCAAUCUCUGACUUGCCUAAGAUGCAGUUUAAAGAAUCUGUAUAUGUAGGCAAUGAAAAUGAUGGACAGAUUUCUGCCAUGAUAUACAGGAGUGGGGAUAUCCGAUACACAUCCACUGUGAGAUGCUAUACAAGGCAAAGUUCAGCUCAGGUAAUGAUGGACUUCGAAGAACGUCCUAAUACUGACAAUUCCAUCAUCACAUUCUUUCCUGGUGAAACUGAGAAGCCUUGCACGCUGGUGCUUACGGAUGAUACUUUCCAUGAAGACGAGGAAGAACUACGUCUGGUUCUUGGCACUCCAAGAAGUGAUUCUUCCUUUGGUGCCUCUAUUGGCGAACAAAAUGAAACUCUGAUAAAGAUCCGGGAUGACGCAGACAAGGCUAUUAUUAAGUUUGGUGAGACCAAAUUUAGUGUGAGUGAACCAAAGGACCCAAGGCAAGUAGCAGUUGUAAAAAUUCCAGUGCUUCGUCUGGGAGAUACUUCCAAGGUUUCUGUCGUGAGAGUUCAUACAAAGGAUGGAUCUGCUGCUUCGGGAGAAGACUAUCACCCUAUAUCGGAAGAAAUCGAGUUUAAGGAGGGUGAAACACAGCACUUUGUGGAGAUUGAAGUUCUCUUUGAUGGAGUAAGGGAGAUGAGAGAAGCCUUCACUGUUCACCUGAAGCCUGAUGAGAACAUGGUCGCAGAAAUACAGACAGCCAAGGCCAUUGUUUACAUUGAGGAAAUAAACAGCAUGGCAGAUGUCACCUUUCCCUCUGUCCCUCAAGUUGCAUCCCUUUUGAUAUAUGAUGAUACUUCCAGAGCCAAAGACAGAACCAGUCCCGUAGCUGGCUAUCCUGUCAUCUGUAUCACAGCUUGCAAUCCUAAGUAUGAGGAGUUUGAAAAGACUGGUUCAAUAUGUGCAAGUGAGAACAUCAACAAUACUCUGACACGAUACCGGUGGCUUGUAAGUGCACCCACUGGUCCUGAUGGUGUGACUAGCCCCAUGAAGGAGGUUGACUUUGAUACCUUCUUCACUUCCUCCAAGAUGAUUACACUUGACUCCAUUUACUUUCAAGCUGGUUCUCGUGUCCAGUGUGCAGCUCGUGCUGUGAAUUCAGAUGGGAACGAGGGUCUGGAGCUUAUAAGCCCUAUUGUAACUAUAAGCACAUCAGAAGGUCUUUGUCAACCUCGUAUGUCAGGAGUAGUUGGAGCAGAACCAUUCUCUGCCAAAUUGCGCUAUACUGGCCCAGAAGAUCCCGAUUAUGCCAAUCUCAUCAAACUGACGGUCACAAUGCCACAUAUUGAUGGCAUGCUGCCUGUUAUUUCUACAAGAGAGCUCUCCAACUUUGAGCUGACACUUAGCCCUGAUGGAACUAGAGUUGGAAACCAUAAGUGCUCCAAUCUGUUGGAUUACACAGAAGUGAAGACCCACCAUGGUUUCUUGACUGAUGCUACAAAAAAUCCAGAUGUGAUUGGAGAAACCAUUCCCUAUCAAUACAGCCCAACAAUUAGAGGCUUCAAUACCUUACGCUUCUACCGCAAUCUGAAUCUGGAAGCCUGUCUGUGGGAGUUUGUUAGCUAUUAUGACAUGUCUGAGCUCCUCACAGAUUGUGGAGGCACCAUUGGGACAGAUGGACAGGUUCUCAACCUAGUACAGUCCUAUGUCACGCUGAGAGUCCCCUUGUACGUCUCUUACGUUUUCCACUCUCCAGUGGGUGUAGGAGGCUGGCAGCAUUUCGACCUACAGUCAGAGCUCCGGCUGACUUUUGUGUAUGACACUGCCAUCCUGUGGAAGGACGGGAUCGGUAGCCCACCUGAAGCAGAGCUCCAAGGUUCCCUGUACCCAACCAGCAUGCGUAUUAGUGAAGAGGGGCGCCUGGUUGUCAACUUCAAGACUGAAGCCCGAUUUCAUGGUCUGUUUGUGAUGUCCCAUCCUGCUUCAUCUUUAACUUCCAUGGUUAUGUCAGCUGAUCACCCAGGCCUGACAUUUAGCCUCAGCCUCAUCCGAAGCGAGCCAACCUACAACCAGCCAGUACAGCAGUGGAGCUUUGUUUCAGAUUUUGCGGUUCGAGACUAUUCUGGAACAUACACGGUGAAGCUGAUAGCUUGUACCACUGCUCCACAUCAAGAGUACAGCCUACCAGUGAUCUGCAAUCCUAGAGAGCCAAUCACAUUUGAUCUGGAUAUCCGAUUCCAGCAGGUCAGUGACCCAGUGGCUGCUGAGUUCAGCUUGAACACCCAGAUGUUCCUCCUCUCCAAAAAGACACUGUGGCUAUCUGAUGGCUCAAUGGGCUUUGGACAAGAAAGUGAUGUUGCUUUCUCAGAAGGUGAUAUCAUAUACGGCCGGGUGAUGGUGGAUCCAGUGCAGAAUUUGGGUGAUUCCUUCUACUGUAGCAUCGAGAAGGUUUUUCUAUGCACAGGAGCUGAUGGAUAUGUACCCAAAUAUAAUCCAUCCAACACUGAAUAUGGGUGCCUUGCUGAUUCUCCAUCCCUUCUGUACAGGUUUAAGAUUGUGGACAAAGCUCAGCCGGAGACGCAAGCCACAAGCUUUGGAAAUGUGCUUUUUAAUGCAAGACUUGCAAUAGAUGAUCCUGAAGCGAUUCCAUUAGUUAAACAGCCAGGCUCUGAUGGAUUUAAAGUAGACUCAACUCCUCUAUUUCAGGUGUCUUUGGGUAGGGAAUGGUAUGUCCAUACAAUCUACACUGUACGUUCAAAGGAGAACACUAACCGCGGAAUCGGCAAAAGAAGCGUGGAGCACCAGUACCACUCGCUCUUUAGUGGUGGGAGCCCAGGAGCAUCCACACAGAGACGUCAGAAGAGGGGAGCUGAGCAGGCCCCAGAGCUUGCAAAAGACAUUGGAGCGGAAAACAACCGAGGAACAAACAUACAGCACGUAGCACUAGAUCGCACCAGCAAGAAACAGGCUCCUCAAAGGGAGGUUGCGGUCAAUGGUGUUCUCCCCAGGGAACUGAGUACCCAAAGUGCAGAGGUCAAUGUAGUCACAAUCAUUGGUGGAGCUGCUGCCAUUUUCCUUGCCAUCUCCUUAAUUGCUAUCAUCAUUUUGCUGCUAAAACAAAAACAGAAUUCUGAGAAGAAGGAAGCCACAAAGGAGUCAGGCAGCGAUGAACCAAUGAUGCUACCAUAUAAUUACACCAGUGACAGCUCGGAGGUUUGA